UCCGUUUUUUUUUGUGGAUAUGAAACUGAAAAAGCUGCGUCCGAGCUCCUUUUUUAGUCCGUUUUGUUUACAUCAGGAGCUUCCUUUUUCCAUAUAUGGGCGUGGGCGUGUCUCAGCCUCCUCAGCUGAUAUAAGCGCCGUCGUCCACUUCCUCUUCAGUCGACGACUGGACACCGCCGAGGUCAGGAUGUGUGUCUCCAGAUGUCUGCGGUGCGUCGGCAUCUCUCUGGUUCCCAUGGCGAUGGCCUGCAUGCUGUCCAACCUCCUCCUGUUGUUUCCUGGGCUCAGCGUCCACUUCCUGUUGGAGGGUCAUGUGACCAGAGAGGCCACCUGGGCCACGGGUCUGUGGGGCUCCGGCCUCCUGGUUCUUCUCGGAGCCAAAGCGUUUGUUCAGAGCAGUAAAACCCAAGGCUGUUGGGCCUUCAGGAGUCAGAUGUUCUGUCAGAUGUUCUACUCCGUCCUGUGUCUGCUGGCUGCUGGCUUCUGUUGUCUGGUCAGUGCUACUGGUCUGGUUCAGGGUCCUCUGUGUCUGUAUGAGUCCGGUUCUGGUCCCACCUGGGGGGUUCCGCUCAGACCCAGUCCAGACCGUGAUGCAGGGUACCUGUACAACAGCUCGUUGUGGUCUGGGGUCUGUGUGGAGCCCAGGGGGGUGGUCCAGUGGAACCUGGUCCUGUUCAGUGUCCAGGCUCUGGUCAGUGGUCUACAGGUGGUCCUCUGUGGGUCCAACCUCCUUAACUCGGUCCUGGGCCUCAUCCUCGGACCAGGAUUUGGACACAACAAGGUCAGUCCAGGUUCCGUUUGAGCUGAUUCAUGGUCUGGAACCAGAUGGAACCGGAUCAAACUGGAUGGAACCAGAUGGAAGCAGGUCUAAAGGCUUUUAUUUUGACAAGUUCUGACAUUUUAAGGCUUUUAAACUGAAAAACACUGACGCACUUUAAA